GUGCCUGAAGCUGGAAAUAAACAUCGUUGUCCGCUAUCAACUAUCUCAGCGGACAAGUUGCCAGAUGACGUCACACAUCCAUGACAGACAUGUCAUGUAAGCACGCUCGUUAUUGGCUGUCGAUUUCGACGUCUAGCCGUGACUGUUUCCGUGACCGUCGCGUCAUGAGAAACGCGGGCAACCAAUCACAAUCACUCGAAGGAUAUGAAAUCCAAUUUGAACGAGGACGAACUCAACAUGAAGGAGACAAGAAAGCACCCAGAGUCUGUCGGCGAAGAAGGGAUAUCCUUCCUCAGCCGGGGCGAAACCGAAUUGAAGAUCGACCGAUCCGGUCUCCAGCGGUACCUCCCACAAUGCCUCCAGUUCGCAUUCGCAGAGAAGAGCGCGGAACACUUGUACCGCGAGUACUACAGGAUCGAGAAGCGGCGGAACACCAAGACCCUGCUGCUGGUCCUCGCCCUGGUAGAUCUGUUCCUCCUGGUCACCUACGCCGGUACCAUAACCGGCCGGGAACCCGGAACCGUGAUUGGGCAAGUCAUGUUCCUGGCGGGGUCGCUGGUCCUGCUCCUGGCGAUGUUCGUCAUUGUCAGAUGCCUGGCAUCUAAGUUGCCUUCUUGGUUGUGGGACAGUAUUCCCUUCAUUGCUUGGCUUAUCCAACUAGGACACUUGGUCUGUGACAUGUGGCUCUACAGUGUGCCCCGAAUGCCGGGGGAUUCGGUGGCUUGGGCCCUUCUCUACACUUACAUGAUUUACCUGUUGCUACCCAUAAGGCUGAGCAUAUGUCUAGUGCUAAGCAUAGUCAUGGCUUUUGUGCAUCUGCUGCUAGUUGGAGUGUUACCAAAACCCAUAGAUUUCACUGAAAACCAGCUUGGUGCCAAUGUGCUGCUGUUUAUUUGCGCCAAUUUGUUAGGCACAUUAUCCUACUUCUUCUUGGAAAGGAGACAGCGGCGAGCUUUUCUAGAAACGCGCCAAAGUCUGGAAGCCAAGUUAGUGCUCGAAGAAGAGUCUCAAGAACAGGAAAGACUGCUGUUGUCCGUUUUACCACAGCAUGUAGCUGCUGAGAUUCGAGAAGACUUGGGAGCUGUAGUUACAGGACAGUUCAAGAAAAUCUAUAUGAGCAGGCAUGAAAAUGUUAGCAUACUGUUUGCAGACAUUGUAGGAUUUACAGCUAUCUCCUCCACUUGCACUGCGCCCGAGCUGGUUAAGAUCUUGAAUGAACUGUUUGCGAGAUUUGAUAAGCUGUCUGAGAAAUAUCAUCAAUUAAGGAUAAAGAUUUUGGGCGACUGCUACUAUUGUAUUAGCGGAGCUCCGGAAGAAAGGCCUGAUCAUGCUGUUCUGUGCGUGCAUAUGGGGCUCAGCAUGGUGGAAGCUAUAAAAUCUGUCCGAGAAAAGACGAAAUCAAGUGUCGACAUGAGGGUCGGAGUACAUACUGGAGCUAUCCUGGCAGGUGUCAUGGGACAGCGACAGUGGCAGUUUGAUGUCUACAGCAGGGAUGUGGUCCUGGCGAACAAGAUGGAAAGUGGGGGCAUGGCAGGGCGCGUUCACAUAUCCGAAAAAACUUUGGGUUUCCUAAAUGGAGAGUUCGAGGUAGCACCUGGUGAUGGAAUGUCCCGAGAGGAGGCGCUGCGAUCGGCCUGCUUGGAAACGUACUUUAUUGUUCGAGUUUUAAAGCCAUAUCCCAUGGGCACACUGGAUGAGAAAACGGAACAAAAUGGCAGAAGUGGAAAGGAUGACAUGGAAAAUGAGAACGGCUUGGAUGACCUUUUAGACGAACAGGACGAGCUUUCGAAACUUACGGGGGACGGAGCGAAGCAGUUCGAAGAAGAUUACAAGGCUCGGUUGCACGAGGAACUUCUUGGAAGGGAUACAAAGGGGCAUUUAAAGCAGCAUGCGAAUCCUCUGACGUUGUUCUUCAAGGAUGCCAAACUGGAAAAGGAAUUUCGGAACCUCAAAGACACUGUCAGCGCAGUGUCCAUUUCGGGGCUACCUGUUAUUCUUUUUUUCUGCUCUGCCGCCUAUUUUCUCGUCAUGUCUGGAAGCCUUGUCGCGGCUGCUUGUCUUCCCACUGGUGUCCUCAUUCUAACUGUCAUAGCCAUGAUCUUCAUUCUCCCAACAGGUCUCAAGACUGGACCACGUUUCCUCAUCCGGGCUUGCAAUAGAAUCCUCGAGAAACCAGGUCUGCGAUUGGCCAUCAUCGUAGUUAUGGUCAUCAUUUGGUGCGUUGUCCAUCUCCUUUCCACGAUCUACGGCAACCAUUGGCCAGUGGCGCUGGUGCGGCCCUCGAACGCGAGCCUGACGCCCGCGGCCGAGAACGCGAGCCAGUUCCAGCACUGGCCCAGGGAAGCGACGCACAACUUCCCCCAGUACCUGAGCUACUUCGCUGUGCUGGAACUGGUGGGCCUGACUGUCCUGACCCACGUCUCGCACCUGGUCAAGCUCUUCCUGACGGUGGUGAUUGCUGUCAUGCAAGGAAGCAUCAACACGCUCGUCGUGAGGGACUCCUUGGAUUAUUACGAUCAGCGGACUUACGGAUUUAGUGAUCGUGAUGUUGUCCACUCCGUUACACUAACUGUGAUUGUUGUGAUUGUAGCCAUAUGUCUCAUUCUCAUUAACAGACAGCUGGAAAUAACAUCCCGUCGCAUGUUCUUGUGGCAAAAGGACGUCGAAGAACAACGAGAGAAGGUGGCAGACAUGCGAGUCAAAAACGAAGCUCUUGUGUAUAAUAUUCUUCCCCCGCACGUCGCCAAACAUUUCCUGGGACAGAGCAAGAAAGACGAGGAAUUGUAUAGCAAAAGUUACGAAGCUGUUGGUGUGUUGUUCGCUGCCAUGCCCAAUUUCUCCGACUUUUAUACCGAGGAUUCUGUCAACAACCAAGGCUUGGAGUGUCUACGAUUCUUGAAUGAAGUUAUAUCGGAUUAUGAUGCUUUGCUGGAACAGCCAAGAUUUAAAGACAUCAUCAAGAUUAAAACUAUUGGUUCUACUUAUAUGGCAGCUAGCGGCUUGACGGAUGAUAGCUAUAAUCCUAAUGCCUCGGUGAAAGAAAAAUGGGCUCAUUUAGCACAGUUGACCGAAUUCGCCCUCACCCUGAAAGAAACGCUGACCAACAUCAAUAAAGAGAGUUUUAACAACUUCCUCCUACGAAUGGGUAUUAAUCAAGGUCCCAUCACGGCUGGUGUCAUCGGAGCCAGGAAGCCCCAUUACGACAUGUGGGGCAACACAGUCAAUGUGGCAUCGAGGAUGGAAAGCACUGGGAAAGCUGGAUGCAUUCAGGUGGUUGAAGAAACAGCUCGUAUCCUAGAAGAGUUCGAUUACGUCUUCGAGCAACGUGGCAUGGUUGCUGUCAAGGGAAAGGGCAACCUGAUGACGUACUAUCUUCUAGGACGCAAAUCCGAGCUAAAGAACUCCUCAGUCAAGUCCAACAUAGACGACAGCUUGGUCCCAACCACGUCCAGUUAAAAUCAUUGGAAGAUUCAUCCAAACUAUGUAUACACAAAGAGCUAAACACUCUAACGCGCACAAGAAUGUAAAAAACUAGAUGGGAAAUGCAACACUUAAGUAUUCGCAUAAUUCGAGACGAGCUGUGCGGACUAUAACUGCACAGAGUUCCAACCAUGGUUUUCUGGGGACAGAAUGCAAGUGAUUGUCAGGUUGUCUGAAGGGCUUUGCUUUGUUGCUCAACAGCGCUUUGUUGCUCAAAUUGAGCUUUGAAAAAUCCAGGCAAAGCGGUAGUUUUCUCAGAGAAUAGAGGGUGGUAACCUCGAAGAGGAUUAUAAGAUGAAUUAUGUGAUGGCUGAUGACAAAAACAUUUCAUCAAUGUAAAUGUAUGCAACAGUGAGGAUAGUUACCAGUUUGGAAACUAGAAGAGGCCGAUUAGAAACCAAAAGGUUACCUCUUGUCAAGUAGUGAAACCUGUGUAAGUUGACCACUUGCGGUGCAGUACUUUAGUGGUUAACUUGAACAGGUUGUCAACUUAUUGAGGUUGAUAUGUAUGAUAUGGAACUAAUUUUGUGCCUGGCAAAAAGGUCAACUUAGAGAGGUGGUCAACUUUACAGGAUUUACCGUAUUCGCGUACUGAUCAAUGGUUGGAUUCAUUUGGAUACAAAACAGCAAACUAAACUGGAAAGAACAGUUUAUAAAGGAAGCACUUUCGUUGUGAAAUCAAAAACUCCAAUUUGACUAUGCAGCUAAAUUAGAUUCUUCAUUAGCAUAAGCGUGUGUAAAGUACAUUGAACUUUUUCACUAAAAACGUCAAUUUUAAGCUCGGAUAUUUUGUACACAUUGUUUUCUAUGAUCUGAUGAACUCCGCAUUCUACCCCAGACCGCCAUGCUUUCGACACAUAGCGCACUGGAUAAUACAAUCUAAGUAGGUUAUCAAAGACACUACCUUAAAUAGUGAAAAAGCACUAUAGCAAUAUAUGUACAUCAGUGAGCAACUGAUUAAAAUUCGAAUCAGCUAAUAAUAUGACAACUGGACGUGUAAUCUAAUGCUGAUUUCACUCCGGCCGCGACAACCACAAAUACGUUGUCGCAAAUUUGUCGCCCAAUAGCUAGGCAUUAAUAAACAGCAACAGCUUUCCUUUUACGUUGCAGCGCAAUCAGCGAAUUAUCGAUCAUCUGGCUGAAAGCAAUAUUAAAUGAUGGAACACGUGACAGCCAGUCGGUUAGUAAUUAGCAACGCUAGGGCUGCUUAAGUAUGUAUAAAGCGACAAAACAUUUUGUCGCUGUCGCAUCCGGCGUGAAAGCGGCACAUUUGUGGACUUUCAGAGAGCCCAACUGUUAAAAAUUCUGUUUUGCUUUUGCGUGCAUAUAUACAUAAAGCCCAAGGAUGUACAAGCACAUUAGGCAUUGUAAAUUAUUCUGUGUUUCUUAGCUUGGCCUUAAUGGUGUCUGUAAAUCGAAAUUGCUCACUGAAAUCUUCAAUAAGUUUAUCAUAUCAGGACGUCGACAUAAAACUCGAUUUGUUGACUAAGUUCUGCUCAAAUUUCUUGUUGGAACUGAUUCAAUGUGCUAUAAAUGUAUUUAAAAGCAUUAGUACACAAAAUGGCUAUUUUGAAUAUGAACUGUUACUUGUUCUACGAAAGAACGGGUUACCAGAAAGUAUUAUGGCUUCCGAUACCGUCAGGGUUACAGUGCAAUAAUAAGUAUGGACAUGUUUUGUGUAAAUUUAAGAAACAGAUAUAUGGAAAUGAAGUUUGAAACUUCAAAUUGGUGAAAUUUUUAUUAAUGUAUAGACGAAGGAAAUGAAAUGGUAAUUUGACAUUGAGACAAAGGAAAGAAAAGAAAUGCAGAGUAAGGAAAAAAUUAUAGAAAUAUCUAAACGAAUUGAUUUCUUUCCCCCAAAAGAUAAUUCUGAAUUUGUAAAAUGAUAAGUUUAUUCAAAUCUUCGCUUUUAAAAUUUAUGCAUCUUUAAAUUAGAAAAUUUUCCAACUCUAUUGGGGCCAAAAAGAAUGCAGUUUCUUAGACUUUAAUAGAAAACAUAUUGUGAGCUUCAAAUUUUUGCACUAUUUUCACGGUAGAUUUUCCAGCCUUAUCUCUGAAAUUUCGAACUUGUUCUAAUAUUCUCGUUUGUAAAACAAAAAUUAGAUGAGAGAUUGCUAUGAGCAUUUUGAAAAUGUGCAGAUAUGUGAUAUUUUGAAGAAAAUUUCUUCACUGUUAGUUUGCAGUUCUAAACAAAAUCUCGGAAUUCGCAUUUCCACUGUAUUAUACCAAAAAAAAAAAAAAAAACGAUGAUGUGACACCUGAUUGUUGAUGUUUUUUAACAAGAACUUUUCAGAGAAAUUUACUAAAAAAAUCAAAGUUUAUUUCUUUUGCUUAAAUUUGAUCAGGAGUAAAAGCGUGAAUGAAAAUAUGGGUGGGUAAAAUGCAGUAUUUCGCCUCUUCGUAUAAAGAUUCCUGUGUCGAUCACGCAAAGAACCCUUAAUUUAUUACAUAUAACAAAAAACGAAAUAAGAAAUCCCCAAUCAAAAAUUGGGAGGAAAAAUCUAAGUGAAGAAAAACAUUUUAGAAUUAAGACAAUGAUAAGCAAAGGCAUGCAAGUGCGAAAAUUAAAAAUUUGGAUGUAACCAGUACAAAUGGUUGGUGAACCUCUCCUAUGUCUUGGAGCAAAGCCCUUGUAGAACCUGCUAUACAGCAUGAUUUAGAAAAAAAAUUCAAUGAAAACCUACCUAUGACUGCAACUUUAAACGCGUUUUACUCAAAACUAAAAAAUGUCCACUUACAUCCCUUUGCUGCUCACUAACCCAAUUGUAUUAUGUGCUUAGAGAAUAAAUUACUUAUUAAAAACAUCAGGCUCAAAUAGAAAGACAAUAAGGGAUAAAGUGAUAAUGUUUAACUGUUGGUUUAAAAUCAUAUCACUCUAUUGAUUAGUAAAAAACAAAUAACGAGCAGUUAGAUACUGUAAGAAAAAUGUGCAUUUCGCUAAAAGACCUCUAAACAGCAGUUUUUUAACAGCAAAUGACAGAAAUGUUUUUUUUUUUUUUUUUUUUUUGCAAAUCGAAGCAAUAUGCAAUAGAUAUAAAAUCUGGUUAUACCUAACCUGAUAGCAGCUUACUGUACGACCACUUUUGUUGUGAAUAUUCGCAAACAGCCAGUUUAGACGAUUCAAGAAGGAGAAAAGGAAAUAUUUGAUGCAUGUGUUUCGUUCAUUUCGAAGUGCCUCUGCUUUGAACUGUACAAACUGGCAUCCCUGCAAAAAGUAACAGAUGCUUCCGUUUUCACUUAUAAAGUGGUUGUUCGCCUUUUCAUCUCAUCAGUAGUCUAACAUUAUUUUGUGGGACUCUGGUAAGGUUGAGCCAUGACCUUCACCAUGUUUACUUCUUUUUAGAAAAAUCGAGAUGGGGAAAUUGGCACCGAGUUGAGUUUGAUUACUUUUCAUUGUAGCUUUGCGAAAGUAAGGUAACAACACCAGUAACAGACAAGGGUCUAGUAACAGACAGUUGUAAGUUUGGAUUUAUGUAAUACGAAUUUUAGGCUGGUAAAACUGAUGUUGCUGCGACCCAUAAAUACGGAGCAACCAUCUAGUGUUUAUCAGAGUGAGUUUUAUGAGCAAGUUGGGAUGUACAAGGUCUGCCGGUGUUUCAUCUUCAUUUGAAUUUAAGAAGGUUUCAGAUCUAAAAAUAAAGAACUUUUGCACAUUUUGAAGAGAAAAAGGGAAUUAUGUCUAUUAUUCAUCCUUUCCUCAUCAUGUCUGCUGCUGGGUAUCAUCAGAAUUUUUGGUGUUUGUUAAUGGGGUUCGGACCUUUUUUCGAAAUUGAGUUAACAAAAAUAGGAUUAAUUAAUUCAGAGGAUCCAAAAGCAGCCAAACGUUACAUGAGAUCUUGCUUGAGAGAAAACUAUUUUAAAAACUCUACGUUAAAAGUCUAAGAAAAAUUGAGUAAUCCUGAGAGCGAUGUCUUAAGCAUGUCUGUUACUGGUGCCGUUACCCUUUUCCAACUCAAAUCCGCGCCAAUAACACGUUCCGGGAUGCCAUUGAGUUUCACUUUUGAAAAUAGUUGCUUUAGUUAGUUAAAGGAUUUAUGUCAUAAUAAUGAAACAAAUUUUCAAAAAAAAAAAAAAAAAAAAGAAUUUUCAAAAAGGGAAAAGAGAAAAUUUUCGGAAAGUAGAGGGUGAACUAGCAAGCGAAUUUUCGAUUUUCAAACACAAUUUCAACCUAAAAAAAACACAAUAAACUGGAGUAUUUAUUUUUAUUUGCAUUUUUACUAAAAUAGUCGCAAUGUUUUCUACCGAAUUAAAAAUAGUCGUUUUUGUCCAAAUUUUGGAAAAGAUAAGGCUUUACAGUCGCCUUUAUUUAUGAAAAGUUGCGAUUUUAAUCGCCAUUGACAACCCUGCACGUUCUUUUUUCACUAAACUUCGCAAAAAGAAACAAACAUAGUCAAGUCUAAACUUAUCAGAGCCACGUGCUUUUAGUACACAUGGGGGGGGGGCGUCUAUGUGUCAAAUUAAACGCUAAUUGCUACAAAUGGAAUCUGCGCCAAAAACAAUUGCCCACCCAUUUUAGAUAUCAAUACCCAGGCUGCUGUGAUCAUAUUUACAAGUAUACUUUAGAAGAGGUAGAAUUUUUGUGAUGGGUCAAAUACAUUUGGGUCAAGCUAAAACCGUCUUACAAGCCGAAGCCGUAUAUAUUUGGUCAUCGCAAUGUGCCUGACAAUCUACUAGUUUUCAGAAAUUUCCCUCGCAAAGUACAGACUCUUCUACCCCCACAUUAGUUCCGGUUACAGAAGUGGCAUUCAAAAGUAUUUUAAUAUGGCGGCUAGUGGAAGGACGAUUUUUUUUUUGUGGAGGUUGUGAAGUGGAGAGUGCAAUUUUUAAAGUUUUAAAAAAGGAAAUAUUUAUUGUCGGAAAUAUAUUGCUUGUUUUGGAGUGUGUGUGAGUGUGUUGACUUGAAGAAUAUAAAUUUCUUCGCGGUUGUGUGCAAUUAAAAUGUAAUAUAUAAAUAUUGAAUAAAAUGUGA